AUGACGGACACGAGUAAUAUAGAUGAUGCUGAAGUAGCACGACAAGAGGCAUUCGAUAAUAAGAUGAUGCAGGCGGUAGAAAAGGUUAUGAAUGCCAACCUUCCUAAGUUAGCUCAAGAAGUCGAAAGUCGUGUCUUGGGGGUUGUUGAUGAGAUGAUGACUAGCAAGAUUGAGGAGUUAAAGGAAAUGAUUGAAGGGUCUAGGACUAAAAGUAAGGAACGAAGGUGUACAUAUAAGGAUUUUAUGGCAUGUAAUCCUUUUUCAUAUAAUGGGGAGGUGGAUCCGAUAAAGUGUCAAAGAUGGAUAGCAAACAUCAAAGCCGUGUUUAUAUGUAGCCGAUGUGAGAAAGAAGAUCAAAAUGAAUCCAUUGAUGAAAUCACCAACAUAUUCUUUGAUAAGCUAAAGUUUUGUGAUGAUUUUGUCAAGUAUGAAAGGAUGAAGAUAAACCGGUAUUACGGUAUGUUGAAGGCCGAGUAUAGGGACUUCAUUACCCCCUCGAAGUGUGAAACUUUGAGUGAACUUAUCAAUUUGGCCCGGGAUAGAGAGAUAGAGCUGAAGCGACAAGUGGAGAGGGGGGAAAAAAGAGCUGCUGAAAAGCUGGCGACUACGAGUCCAUCCAAGAAGCCUAAGCAGCACGACACUAGAAAUAAGGGAGGAUCCAAAAGUAGUAUUCCUCCAUGUAAAACUUGUGGAAAGCUUCACACCGGAGAAUGUCUAUUGGGAAAGAAGGGAUGCUAUAACUGUGGUCAAGAGGGGCAUCCUUAUUAUAAGUACCCUAGUCCCGGGAGGACGUGUUUCAAUUACUUCACUCCUGGUCAUGUCAAAGCCGAAUGUCCAAAGCUUAAACAAAAGGGGCAGGAGGAUGAAAAGAAGAAUGAAAAUCAGAAGGCUCGAGGGAGGAUGUUUCAGACUACCACCGAGGAAGCCAAGGUUUCACCGAAUGUUGUAUCAGUUAUUUUCUUAAUCAACCAGAUACCCGUGAAUGUGUUAUUCGAUUCUGGUGCUAGUAAACCUUUCCUGUCAGACGAACUUAUGUGGUAUCCCUCAUUUAGAAAGGAACGAAUGCAUGUACCCUUAGAAGUAGAAGUAGCGGAUAGCAAAAGUUAUUUGUUAUGCAAAGUUUGUAAAAAUUGUAAGAUCACCAUAGAAAACGAAGAUUUCGAAAUAGAUCUUAUUCCUAUGACUUUGGGGGAAUUUAAAGCAGUAGUAGGAAUGGAUUGGUUAUCCCGUUAUCACACGGAAAUACGAUGCGAGGCGAAAGUUAUUCAUGUGUUGUCACCUAAUGGGGCUCGAAUAAGUACCCGUGGGGAAAGAAAGUUAGAGACAAAACUGUGUACUAUUGUCGAGGCGGUUAAGUACGCAAGAAAUGAGGGUAAGGCGUAUUUGGCUUACGUUGUAGAUACAAGACAGAUGGUACCUGAAAUUGGAGAAGUUGAAGUUGUGAACUAA